AUGAACGUUUUCAAGCUUCAAAAGCGUUUUCCGCAGCUUGAUCAAGGCGAGAUCUUUUCGCUCCAGGAUGCCUUUAACAGACUGGACGUCGAGGACCGUGGCUACGUCGAUGAGUCUACCACGAUCAAAGCUGUCCAACAGUCAGAGCGCCAGCCAUAUGAUGUGGUGCGUGCAGCUUUGAAGGAUGUGGAGCUCGAUAGCUCCCGGCGCGUGGAACUCGAAGAUUACGUUGAUCUCAUUUCGAAGCUCCGGGCGGCACCCGCUGAAAACGCUCGUGCAGCAUCUACCCCUGCUGCUGUAAUUCAAGGGGCUGGUGCUGGCACUGGAGCAUCUCGACAUGUGUCGAAGGGUAGUGUCGGAGGACGAAUUCAUGUCCAGGGAUCAUCCUCCAACGUCACCCAUACAAUCAACGAAGACGAGCGAACCGAGUUCACGCGACACAUCAAUGCGGUUUUGGCGGGCGAUGCGGACGUUGGAAAUCUGCUGCCUUUCCCCACCGAUACAUUUGAGAUGUUUGACAAGUGCAAAGAUGGCCUGGUUCUCGCCAAAUUGAUUAACGACAGUGUACCGGACACCAUUGACGAACGUGUUCUGAAUAAGGCUGGGAAGAAAAUCAAGCAGCUGAACGCCUUCCAUAUGACCGAAAACAAUAACAUCGUUAUCAACUCUGCCAAGGGUAUCGGGUGCUCAGUCGUGAACAUUGGCAGUGGAGAUAUCAUCGAAGUGCGCGAGCAUCUCAUUCUGGGACUCAUCUGGCAAAUCAUUCGUCGUGGUCUUCUUGGAAAGAUUGAUAUCAAGCUUCACCCGGAGCUAUACAGACUCUUGGAUGAGGACGAAACACUGGAGCAGUUCUUGCGCUUGCCUCCAGAGCAGAUUCUUCUUCGCUGGUUCAACUACCACCUCAAGAAUGCCAAGUGGGACAAACGGGUGACAAACUUCUCUACUGACGUUAAGGAUGGUGAGAAUUAUACCGUUCUUCUCAACCAAUUGGCACCGGACGUGUGCUCGCGGGCCCCCCUUCAGACUCGAGAUCUGCUCCAGCGGGCUGAGCAGGUCCUGCAGAACGCUGAUUCCCUUGACUGUCGCAAGUUCCUGACCCCAACGUCCUUGGUUGCCGGGAACCCCAAACUGAAUCUUGCUUUUGUUGCCAACUUGUUCAAUACGCACCCAGGAUUGGACCCGAUCACCGAGGAGGAGAAGCUCGAGGUUGAAGACUUUGACGCUGAAGGUGAGCGAGAGGCCAGAGUGUUCACCUUGUGGUUGAAUUCGUUGGACGUGCAGCCGGCGGUCAAUUCGCUCUUUGAUGACCUACGCGACGGUUUUGUAUUGUUGCAAGCAUACGACAAAGUCAUUCCUGGAAGCGUCAAUUGGAAGCACGUCAACAAGCCACCGGCCUCUGGUGGCGAAUUGAUGCGCUUCAAGGCAGUCGAGAACACGAAUUAUUCGAUCGAGCUCGGGAAAUUCAAUGGGUUUUCUCUUGUCGGUGUUCAGGGUGCUGAUAUCACCGAUGGUCAGCGCACGCUCACUCUCGGGCUGGUGUGGCAGCUGAUGCGCCGGGAUAUUACCAACACCCUCUCUGCGCUUGCCCAACGAUUAGGCAAGCGCGAAAUCACCGAUACCGAGAUGAUUCGGUGGGCCAAUGACAUGUCCAGCAGUGGUGGUCGGUCUUCUACGAUACGCAGCUUCAAGGACAGCUCUAUCGGAUCUGGUAUUUUCCUUCUUGAUGUGCUUAAUGGCAUGAAGAGUAGCUAUGUGGAUUAUGAUCUGGUCACCCCCGGCCGGACCGAUGAGGAGGCAUAUGCAAACGCCAAGCUCUCUAUCAGUAUUGCCAGAAAGAUGGGUGCCACUAUCUGGUUGGUACCGGAGGAUAUUUGUCAAGUUCGAUCUCGUUUGGUCACCACAUUCAUUGGUUCGCUUAUGGCUACCCACGAGAAGAUGUGA